AUGGCGCAUGUGCGUUUGGCGGGCGCAGCGGCUAUUGAGGCCCCACCGUCGGCAUCGCGUUUUCUUCGUGUGAACGGAGUGCCGCUGAAACUGUCACUUGCUUUUCGAUUGGGAUUAGUUUUUUUCCUGUUGCUCGUGAGCACGGCAGGGCUAUCUGGUAAUCCGUGCUCCUUUGUGAUCCAAGCAGUGGCCGACGAACCGCAGGCCUCAGCGUGUAUUGAGGAAAGCGGGGGUAAGACAACGUGUACCUGCGUGUCGACAGAAAAUGAAAAUCCAAAGGAGCUUCAGGCAACACUGUCGGCGACAAAGCCUGCGCUGCAGUUGGAGUGCCAAACGAAUCUACAAUGUGCACCAGACGGAUUGGACCAGCAACAGGUAUGUCCAGAAGGCACGAAAGAUUUGAAAGACUGCAAACGUAAUGGGGGGACGCCUACAUGUGUCAGUGUCACGACCCUACUCACCGGCAACGCCGAGGCAGUCAGAUGGGAAGAUGUCAAUGCCGACGCACACAGAACCAAGAAGAUGACUAUCCCCAAGGACAAUCUCCCCUACACCGACAAAAAGUUCAUUGUGGGUUGCCUCAAUAGUGGGGGAGCCCAAGCCAAAUGCAAGUUGACAGUGACGAUUGAGGCGAGAGAAAGUGUGACUGAAAACCAGACAGUCACAUGUGCCUACGGAAAGACCAGCAAUCCAACACACCAAACCAUCACGUUAAGCCCCUCUCAAAACAGCUUCACUCUGGUGUGCGGAAGCGAAGGAGAAGCUCUCCCAACGAAAUACCAGAACACGUACUGUGUUAGUCAGGCGGGAACGAACGCCUCCGCCGAGUGUAGUGGCAAUUACACAGAAGUUAUCCCAGCGUAUGAAAGCAACUGGUGGAAGGAAGACACAAGCAGGCAAUCAUUCACUCUGGCGAUUCCAGAGGACGGUUUUCCGGAGGAGGCAACGAAUAUUACGGUUGGCUGCCAGAAAAAGACGAGUCAGUCCUCUAAGAAGAAAGGGGAACCUGCAACCGAGUCACCGACCGUCUGCAGCGUUGAUGUGACGAUUGAGGGUGUGGCAUCAGCCGCGUCCCUGUCUGGGGGCAUGGGUGGUGUGGUCUCUUCGGUUGUUUCCUUUCUGGCGCUGUUGACAUUUUCUGGCUGUGUGGUGUGA